CUUUUUCAUCCAGGCAACUGUUCCCUCUGAAACUUACGUAUUUGAACAUGUUGAAGAUUUGUGGGCUGUGCUGCUCGUGGGGUUAGCUGCAAACUGUGUGAUGUCCCACCCAAAUGGGCAGUCCGUAUUUAUACCCCAAAAUAGUCUGCAGCCAGUUGUGAGUCAUGUGGUUCAUUGGAAUGCGAAGUCUGUUAACAUGUUGUAGCUAUUAUCACUUCGCAUGUUUUCCGCUGUUUAAUGUAUAACACGUCGUGUGCUCCACAAAUUUGAAGAGCGAGUUCAAUUUCUCAGUCCUUUUUUGGGUAUAAAUACCACAGCCAAAUUCAUGAAAUGACAUCAAAAGAGUUCAAGCUCUCAAGCUGCAAAUAUUAGCCCGAAAUAACUAAACUAAAACCUUUAGCAACAUGUUCAAAUUCACCGUUGUCAUCUUUGCCAUCAUCGCCUGCGCCGCAGCCAAGCCUGGACUUCUUGGCGAGCCGUUCGCUUAUCCUGCUCCAAUUGUGGCUGCUGCUCCAGGUGCAGUUGUCGCAGCUCCUGCCCCAUAUGUGACUGCUACCAGCAGUCAGGUGUUUGCUCGUAACUAUAAUGGGAUCGCCACUGCUCCAUUGGUUGCUGCUGCUCCCGUCGCUGCUCCGGUGGUGGCCAAGUAUGUGAGUGCGCCUUUGGCUGCACCAGUUGCUGCUCCAUUCGUCGCCAGAUACGCUCCUCUUGCGUAUAGCGCUCCACUGGGCUAUGCUGCUGGGCCAGCUCCUCUAUUGUUUUAAAGCCAUGCAACUGUGAUCAUUAAACAAAUUUAAUUAAACGAACCGGCUAUAAAUUUGUAUCAUAAA